CUCCUUAGUUGCAGGAACCGGCCGAAUUCAGACCCAGGGAGAAACGAGAUGGUUGACAGUUUGCACUCUAUGCUUUUAUGAGUGCUGCAGAAGGAAAAACGGACCUGCCCUUCACAAUGUCGAAACGAAUGAAAAAUUUUUGUGAAGGAACUAUACCUACAAAGAAAUUGAAUACUGGAAGCACAGAGGAAUCUGAUAUGAGAGAAACCAGCAAGAGAAAUGAGAAAACUGCAAUGUGUGGUGAACACAGCAUGAGUUAUCCACGUUCACCCUGGAAUGCAUGUCAAGUCGGAAUCAUUGAAAGUAUUUUGUUGAAAAAUUUCAUGUGCCAUAGUUCCCUUAAACUUUCAUUUGGGCCCCAUUUCAACUUUGUGAGUGGGAACAAUGGAAGUGGAAAGAGUGCUUUACUGACAGCUCUUAUAAUUGGACUUGGAGGGAGAGCUGCGGCCACAAACAGAGGACCUUCCACAAAAGAAUUUGUGAAAACUGGUCAAAAUUCUGCGUGCAUUUCAAUAACCUUGAGAAACCAGGGACCUGAUGCUUUUAAACCCGAAUUAUAUGGCAAAGCCAUCAUAGUGGAACAAACUAUUUCAGCACAGGGAACAAGACAGUACAGUUUGAAGAGUGAAUCAGCGCAUAUAAUUUCUACAAAGAAAGAAGAACUCAACAUGAUCUUAGAGCAAUUCAAUAUACAGGUGGAUAACCCAGUCUCCAUUUUAAAUCAAGAAAUGAGUAAACUUUUGUUAAAAUCAAAAAGUGGACCAGAAAAAUAUAAGUUUUUCAUGAAAGCUACUCGACUAGAUCAAAUGCAAGAAGAUUAUUCUCAAAUACUGCGGACCAAGACAAUAACAAGGGAGAGGAUUGCAGAGCAGGAUGAUUACCUAGCAGAGCUAAAGAAGAAAGUCAAGGAGAAGGAAAGACAUUAUAAAAGCCUUGAAUCGUUGAAUGGCCUGCAGGAGAAACUAGAGCAGCUCAAGAAUCAGAUGGCCUGGGCACUGGUCAUUGAGAUUGAAAAGGAUUUGGAAUCGAUAAAAGACUGUCUUAAUGGAGAACAACGACAUGGUAUCAAAUAUAAUCAGGAACUAGAAGAAUGGCAGGCCAAGGUGAACUUUGAAGAACUAAAAUUUAAAGCAGCUCAGGAUCAGUUGCAGAAAAUUACAGAAGAGAAAGAACAGUUGCAAAGACAGCUCGUUACUUUAAAGGAAAACAUGACAAGAAAAAAGAAAGCCUGCAAAGAAAGUGAGGCCACAGUCCAUCUCUGCAAGUCACAACUGAAACAACUUGAGAAAGAUCAUGAUCGUUUACAGAGGCAAUUUGAAGAAUUGAGUAGGGGGUGUCAAAGUUCGAAAGCUAAGUUCACAGAACUGAAAGAUGGAAUUAACAACCUUCAAGAGCAACUGAAACCGCUAAAGCAAGAGGAAGCCACAAUCUUAAAGCAAAUAGAAAACGAUUACGAUACAAUCAGCAAUUUGAAAGAUGAACAGGAUAAUCUGAGACAUGAAGAACAAACCAUGAGGAAUACUGUCCAGUCCAAGAGAAGUGAGCUGAACAAACUGAAGGCCAGUAGAACGGACUGUUUGAAAAGGUUCAAUGGGAAUAUGCCUGAAUUACUCCAUAAAAUAGAGGAAGCACAUAAACAAGGCCGUUUCAGGAAGAAACCAAUUGGCCCUUUAGGUGUUUGCUUCAGGUUGAAAUAUCCUGAGUUGGCUUUGGCGGUUGAAAGUUGUUUGAAAGGACUACUGCUUUCAUUUUGCUGUGAUAAUUACAGAGAUGAGCAGGUGCUACAGAGUUUGAUGUCACAAUGUUUCAAGUCAGGAAGACGACCCCAAAUUAAUGUGUGUGAGUUUUCAAGUCAAGUAUACAACAUAAAAGACAGAGCUGUUCACCAUCCAGAUUUCCCAACAGUUUUUGAAUCCUUAGAAAUAAGCAACCCAGUGGUGGCAAACUGUUUCAUCGAUUUGAGGAACAUUGAAAGAAUCCUGAUAAUCAAACUGAAAAGUUUAUCACAUCAGAUCAUUGUUAUCACCAGGGAGCUGGAGGUGGAACUGAAAGAAAAGAUAGAACAGCUAUCACUCAAUCGACAGCGGUCAGAUUUAAUAAAGAAUAGAAUCAAGUUAUCUUAUACCAAUAUCAACAAGGCACAUAUGAAAAGGAGACAAAUCCAGGGAAGAAUAACUAAAAUUGAGCUAGAAUUUGGUGAUUUAGAAAACAUCGAGGAGCCCCAGCCAUUUCAUAUUCCCACACUAAGAAAAGAAGUCCAAGACAUCUGUCACAGAAUUCGGUCAGCCAAAACUAACUUGGAGCAGGCAAGAAAGGAUAUGGAUGAGCAUCGGAAGUUAAUGGAUGAGGAUGAAAAGAAAUGGAAAGAGAUGAGAGAGAAAAAGCAUUCAAUAGCAGAAGAAAUUGACUCAAGAAAGGAAGCACUAAUGGCCACAGAAAUCGAAGCAUAUAAACAAAAGGAAAAGCAUUUGGAAGAGGAAAGAAAUAAACAUUUGGAGAGAAUAGACGAACUAAAGAAGAGGUUGGAAAGUAAAGAAAAUAUUUUAGAGCGAGAUACUGCUAAAGCCAGGCGGAUUUGUGUGCAGCGAUUAGAAGUCACUCGAGAUCCCAGGAGUAUUGAUGUGGAGAUCAAUUGCUUGAGGGAAAGGAUCAAUAUGGCACAAGAAGUCCACGGGAACAAGGAAGAAACUACAAGGCAGUACUUUGAAAUUUUGAAAUUGCAAAAGAACAUCCAAGAUGGGAUUAAGCGCCUGAAGAAUUUUAUGCAGGUGAUCGAUAAAAUAAUGAAGGAAAGGCACAAAGUGUAUGAAAGCUUCCUGAAGUCCAUGUCAAUUCGUUGCAAACUUAACUUCAGUACUUUGUUGUCUAAGCAACAGUAUCAUGGAAUGAUCAAAUUCGACCAUAAGAAUAGAGAUCUUUCAAUCAUGGUUGAAUGUGGAGAAGGAAUGAAGACAACACAAGGUGAUACAAGAUUCCUUUCUGGAGGUGAACGCUCCUUCUCAACUGUUUGCUUCAUUCUUUCGCUGUGGGACACCAUGGAGUCUCCUUUCUGUUGUCUGGAUGAGUUUGAUGUUUAUAUGGAUAUGGUUAAUCGUAGAAUUUCUAUUGACCUGAUAUUGCGGGUGGCCGAUUCUAUAAAGUGUGAUCAAUUCUUCUUUUUUACUCCACUGACUACAAGUUUCUUGCCUGAAGGUAACCAACUCAGAGUCUUACAUCUGCAAGAUCCUGAAAGAGGGCAGACAACACUAUCUUUUGCCACUCCAGAAGAACCAGAAGACUCAAAUGAUUAAAUGAACAUUGACAUUUAUUAUUGUGCACUUUUUUGAUUUUUUUUUAAGUGGGGCAAGUGGACAUUGGAAGCCUCUGGUGGCGUGGCAGGGAUAUAUGGGGGGUGACAGGCUGUACUGUCGGAGUCUGGGUAACUAUUGCAUUCUGAAAAUCAUAAAAAGCUUCUUCAAUGCAUUUUAUUAAUACAGGGAAAGCUAGGCUGACAAUUGCUAUUUUCUGGCAUUACAGACUGAUUUAGUGGCGGCUAGUAGAGCUAAUGCAAAGUUCUUAGAGGUGUAGCAUUAGUAGGGUACAUUUAUAAGGCAAACACAGCUAAAUUCAGAGGUACUGGGGAAAGUUCACCUAAAAUUGCUAAGUGCUGAGCUUAGAACUGAGUUAAGCGUGAACCACUGGCACAACCACAACCAUCAAGUACACAACAUUGGUUAACUUUUGCAAAUAUGUUAACAGUGAACAUUGAUGCAGUGUCUAUUAUUUUGGACUUACGUUAGAAAUAUAUCUGAGCAACGGUCUUGUGACAAAUGUUAUUGUUUUGUCCAAUGUGAAUGUAUAUGUGCAGCUUUUUUACAGUUUUAUAUUGUUUUGCCUAAAACUUAUGAAACGGUUGCUUGGCGACACCAAGAGAGGGUAAGAUCCACUUAGCCCCCCAACCCCCACCCAAACCCCAUGAACUAGCUACAAAUCUGUGCAUACACCAGAAUGGAGCCCAGUUUCCACAAAAGGAAAUAGAUGGAGUAAAAAAUGAACUGCGGAUGCUGGAAAUCUGAAAGAAGCAUAGAGAAUGCUGGAGAAACUCAGCAUCUUUGGAGAGAAAGCAGAGUUAACAUUUCAAGUACAGUGGUCUAGAAGGAGGUUGGCCAGUUUCUAUUUGGAGCUUGAGGAGCACAGCAGGCCAGCAGAACCUCCACACUGUGUUAUCUCUGACUCCAGCAUCGACAGUUCUUACUAUCUCUAUUUGGAGCUUUCUGCUUUAGGGAGGAACCAAGCACGGACUGUUGCUAUUGGAGAAAUGAGCCCAUCAUGGAUUGUACUAUUAGAGAAAUGUGCCAGUUAGAAACUGUACACAGGCCAAGACGGGAAGCAGGGACCUAUUUCAGCAUGGUACAAGUUGAAAUUGCAUUUUUGUUGCUGCAGCUGGAUGAGGAAGGGCGACAGCCUGUUCAACUAUCUGAAAGUGGUAUAGAUUGACCACCCAAUCCUGUCUGUUUUGGAGAAAUUAAGCAACUAAAGCAUGAAGCAGGCAUUCAAAGGCGUGAAUAUUAUUGAACAAUUUGCUGAUUGUAUUAGCCAGAAAUCAGUUGCUGUGACAUUAUAUUCUGCAUUCUGUUUUACUACC